GGACAGAUGUUGAGUGCGGCGUGUGUAAGUAUAUCUAACAUGCACUCCUGAUUCCUGAUAAUCAAUUGCACAUAUCAUCACGGGCUGAAUCAUCUCAUACUUCCACUGAAGCACUCUCAACCUUUACUUGAUUCUCUUCAGGAAAGUCUCCGUUUCUUUGUUCACAAUGUUCUUCUCUACUGCCCUUCCUCUAUUGGCCGCUGGCCUAGCUUCCGCUGCUCCUGUCAUCGAGAAGCGUGCUUCCGGACUCAACGACGGAGUCAUUCUCAACUACGCUCUUACUCUUGAGCAUCUUGAAGAUAACUUCUAUCGUCAAGGUCUUUCCAACUUUACUGAGCAAGACUUUGCGGAUGCUGGUUACGACUCUACCUUUUACAACAACAUCAAGAAGGUCUCCUCUGAUGAGACUGCUCAUGUUGACUUUAUCACCAAGGCUCUCAAGGCUGCUGGUGUCACACCCGUCCAGGAGUGCACGUACUCCUUCGGCGUUACAGAUGUCAAGUCCUUCCUCGCAACCGCCUCCGUCCUCGAGGGCGUCGGCGUCUCAGCUUAUCUCGGCGCCGCAGCCGACAUCAUGAGCAAGACGUACCUCACCGCGGCCGGAUCCAUCCUCACCGUCGAGGCCCGUCACUCAUCCUACAUCCGGGGUGCGCUCAAGCAAGUCCCCUUUGCCCAGCCCUUCGAUGCUCCUCUGAGCUACAACGAGGUGUACUCUCUUGCCUCGGGCUUCAUCACCGGUUGUCCCAAGGAGAACCCUGCUCUUCCUGUCAAGGCCUUCCCUGCUUUGGCUGCUGCUGCUUCGGGUAGUGCGAUCAAGACUGGCGAUACUGUUACUCUUCAGACACCUGGGUAUACCCUCGAGGGCGCUAAGGGCCAGAGUGUCUAUGCUGCCUUCAUCGCUGUUACCGGUCCUACGUUUGUUGAGGCCAAGGCUGUUGAUGGUGGCUUCUCUGUUGAGAUUCCCGAGGGCUUUGCUGGACAGACUUAUGUUGUCCUUACUGGCUGCAAGGAUGUCGUCUCUGAUGACACCGUCGCUGCUGGACCUGCCAUCAUUGAGAUCUCCAGCUAAGUCUGUUAUGCUCCGAUGGUACUCUUGAAGUUUGAUAUGGCCUGCAGAGGAAUGAUAAUGGCUCGUGCUAGAAAUAGCAAUCUAAUAAGGACGAUUCUACAUGUACAUAAUUAAUUGCGUCGCUGAAGGAAUUUGAGUACACGUCUCGGCACAAACAUUUCAAUCAAUUAGCCUCUUAUUUAUUGCACGCUGUAUAUCAAGAGUUCUUCUAACAAUCUGAC